CCAAGACCCGUCGGAGCUCAUUGCUGUUCCCGCACUCAGAUUGGAGGGAUGGUCCGCUGGUUCCGAUGAAAGCAGUCCGCGUGUUUUCCUCCCGCAGACUCCUGACGUCUCCAGACAUUACACACACCGAGGGAGCUCUUUCUGAGCCUGACACAUCGUGAACGCGGGCUCGGCCGAGGGAGAAGAUGUUGAUGAAGGAGUACAGGAUAUGCAUGCCCCUCACCGUGGAGGAGUACCGGAUUGGACAGCUGUACAUGAUCAGUAAACACAGCCAUGAGCAGAGCGACCGAGGGGAAGGAGUGGAGGUCGUCCAGAACGAGCCGUUCGAAGACCCCGUCCACGGUCAGGGACAGCUCACAGAGAAACGCGUCUACCUCAACAGUAAAUUACCCAGCUGGGCUCGAGCAGUCGUUCCAAAAAUCUUCUAUGUCACGGAGAAAGCGUGGAACUACUAUCCUUACACCAUAACAGAAUAUACCUGCUCGUUCCUGCCCAAGUUCUCCAUUCACAUAGAGACAAAGUAUGAGGACAACAAAGGAUGCAAUGACAAUAUCUUUGACACGGAGCUAAAGGACCAGGAGAGGGAGGUGUGCUUCGUUGACAUCGCCUACGAUGAAAUCCCGGAGCGCUACUAUAAAGAGUCUGAGGACUUGCGAUAUUUCAAGUCGGAGAAGACAUCGCGAGGCAUGCUGCAGGAAGGCUGGAGGGACACGCAGGACCCCAUCAUGUGCUCCUACAAACUGGUUACAGUCAAAUUUGAGGUGUGGGGCCUGCAGACACGAGUGGAGCAGUUUGUGCACAAGGUGAUUCGGGACGUGCUGCUGCUGGGACACAGGCAGGCCUUUGCCUGGGUCGAUGAGUGGAUAGACAUGACGAUGGAUGAGGUGAGAGAGUUUGAACGCACCAUCCAGGAGGCCACCAACCAGAAGAUCGGGGUGUUUCCCCCAUCGAUCUCCAUCAGUGAGACGCCCCUGUCCUCCUGUGCCCUCACCGGCCCCGCCAGCGCCCCCACCACCCCCAUGUGCAGCGAUGCACCCGAGUCCCUCUCCCUCCCCAAGGACCGACCCCGCAAAAAGUCUGCUCCAGAAACCCUGACCCUUCCUGACCCCGCUCCCAGCGGAGCCCCCCAGAGCUCCCCCUCGAACCCACUACCCAAUUCAAACUACCUUCAAUCAGCUGCAGCGCCUUCCAGUCCUGACCCUGCUGAAAUGAGCGAGCAGUAGGACAGUAGAAAUGUGUCCCCCGACCUUAGUUUUUCCCUGUUCCCCCUGACUCAUUAUCUUAUGAGCUCAGUGAGACUAACCUAACCUCAAAACACCAGUGCCCUGACAUUCAAGUUCUUUAGCCAUAUCCAAUGAUUGCCAUAAUCCUGAACAAUCUCCUAGACGUCCUCGUCAGUGUCCUUGAUGCCAUCCCGGCAGCUGUAGGCUCAGCAGGCCUCGGUAGGCCGCUCCCUCACACGGCUGAGCCUGAGUGUAGCCAGCCGCAGGCCACAUCUUUCUAACAACUGUGCAUGAUGUUUGUUAAAAAAACAAAAUAAUUUCUGUUCUCUGGUAGUUAUGUAAAUACAUUCUUCUCCUCGUUUGUUCGGUUAUGUUUCCUGUAAUCAGAAAAGGCUGGCUAUAAACUCAUGCAUCUUUGAAGCAGUUGCCUUGACAGCACAGAGCCAGUGGUGUUUUAGCUCAGACAGUGUUUGCCUAGUAAUGAACAUUGUCCACUUCUAGUUUGAAAAAAAAAAAAAAUGCUUGUUUUAUUCAAUUACAAAUUAACUCAAUGACACCAACUUGGAGUUGCACAGUAGAGAUGAUAAUGUCAGAAUAACCCACGGAAAGGAAAACGGCCAAGAACACUCACGACAAAUCCACGACACUUGCUCUUGAGCCGUUUUGGAGCUGGCCUGUGGAUCAGAUUGUUCCCAUCUUUCCCAUUCCAAGUGCAGUCACACAGGAGAUGCAAGAUCAGUACAAUCAUUAUGAGAAUACACCUCAGGACUCCCUGACUCUACCUGGCUCACACUCCAAAGGCAGGGCUGUUGCUGUCCCCCUCUCUCCCUACUUAUUGCCAAACACUUGAAUUUUAUACCUCCACAGAUAUGAUGAUACAGUAAAUAUGUAUUAUACCAGUCUAAUUAACCCCAGGACUGUUUACGCAUCACAAACCUUUUAGAUUUCGUGGUCAUUACAUCAGCAGCAUGUCGUUUUAAGAGAACAGUUAAAUAGUACCGAGGUCAAAUUUGUUAGGACUGAAGUAUUUCUUCAUAGCAAGGUCAAAUGUUGCCUCAAACUAAUGCUGGACGUCUUGUAUUCAUCAAUUUCAUCAAGUUUGAUCAAAUCAGCUAAUUACCAUACUUAAAUGUCAUAUAUAUGUAGGAACCAGGCCAUUUUAGGGGAGUUUUUCUUUUCUUUUUUUAAAGUUGAAAAGAAGGGCACAUGUGUCAAGCUGACUUGAGUAUGUGCUUCAUCAGUGUUCACAGGAACGUCCUCUCCAGAGAGCCAUUAGUCAUCUUUGGAUUGUGUUUCCAUCUAAAAUCUUAAAAAGCAAACAAAUACUGUAGGACAGCAGUUGAUUCUGUGAUGAUUUCUUUUCCAUACGACAUUGAUCAAAGAGAGGGUUUUUAUAUGCUGCAUGGGAUGCUCACAACAUAUUCAGAUAUUGUGUGAAGUAUAUACGCUAUACUGUAAAUGGGCCGGUACAGAAUAUUUAGUAAUGCAACUGUAUGGAGAAAAAAAAUGAAUGCUUCCAUUGGAAGUCUGAAUUCAUUUUUUUUAUAAACAGAAAGUGCAGAUUUGGAGUGAAAUGUGAGCAUGUCCGGAGUAUAUACGGGAGGCCUAUAAACUCUUUGAACUCAGUGCCUCUGCAUGCUUCAAUUAUAUCAUCACCUAACCGAACUCUCUUUUAUAGUUUAGCUACAGAUAUUAACUGCAUUUUUCUGCUUGUCGUCUAUCGCAUUUAGUUGAAUUAAAAUGGCUUAUAAUCCUGCAUUGAUUAGCAAAGUUGUAACAGAAUUGGUUCAUAUCUGUAGUUACAGUACGUGCCUCUGCAUCACUGCGGGUCCUCGGGCGGAGCACAAGGCUCAUUGGUUAACCUCACCUGUGAAUAAAAGGCAUGCCCGGUGACCUAAAAAUGUCAUGCAAAUAAACGUUUGCUCUCCCCUACAAGCUACACACACACACACACGCACACACACACACUUUAAAGCAGUAAUUCAAAAAGCACAAGGUUAUCAGCAGUAUGUUGUAUAAAACAAGAAGGUUGUAUAGAAUUAUCCACAUUUUCACAUCUGUUUGACUGAACAAUUGCUUGAAGCCCCCGUCCCGAACAAUGUAUUGGAAAUUAGAUUAUUUCUAUUUCCUUUUCUAAUGUUCCAUACUAAACACAGGCCGACCUGUUGUUCACAUGGUGUGAAGAAGCCACUGAAGCUCAUGCGCUGCUGCAGCGAGGCCCGAGUCGAUGCAGAGGUGUUCAAACAUAUCAAACCACACUUUGAAGUAACAAAGCUUACUUGUUGUUUCCUAGGAAAUGAGUCAUUUCCCUUCUUCAUGCAGUUACUGACUGAACAGCGCAAAUUAAUUUUGCUCGUUUGUAGUCUUUGACAUCUUAACAAACAAUGAAGGAAUGUGUCGCAACACUGUGGUGUUGGGUUUGCAGGACCAAAGUCCAGUUAGGCAGGGUGGUAACUCCAGAGAUAAAAACAAUUUUGUCAAUAAAUUGUACAUUUUUUCCACUUAAGUUUGUUUAAUUUAAAAAGAAAAAAAAAAUCUGUAGCUCUUUAUCUGUAACUGUAGCUUUUGUCUUUGCCUCUGAAGGAUAAACAUGCUCUAUACCGGUUCUUGUCCCCCUGUAUUGAUCUGUUCGGUAUAGAUGCUACAUGCUUUUGGUCUGGUGUCGGCCACCUCUCUAGUCAGGAAAACAGCAACCCAGGGACAUGUUUGAUCCACCACAGGCUAUUAAAAGAAUGCAAAACAUUUAUGAAACAUUAAUCUCUGCUCUGUUUAAAAGAGUAACACAAUAGCUAUUGUAAAUACUGCUGUUGAUGAUUAUAGCAGAUUUCUUACUCUGAACUUGUUCCAGGCUUCGUUACCGACGUGACGUCAAUGUGACAAAGAAGGAAAAAAAUCUUUUGCGUUUGUGUAGACAGUGCGUUAUUUUCAGACAUGAAUGAAAGGUUUAGUCUCAGACUGGGGUUAAUGUUUGUUUCUCCAUGAAGUUGUUCUGUAUUGAACAUGCAGAAUUCAAUUUGGUUUAUUUUGUUUCUAUUCAAAUAUUGUUGUGCACUUUUUUUGUUCUGCAGUUGCCCCAGAUGACCUUGCAGGGCAGAAAUAGUCUCUAAGUUGUAAAACAAGUUGAUGCUUUGCAUUGUAGUGGUGUGGCUGCUUCGAUGUUCACUUGCCAUGUCGAGAGGUGAUUGGCUUUUAUCAAGUAAAUAAACCUGCUGUACUUUGAUUUUGUGAUUGCUGUACUGUUUGAAGGAAAAUUAUUUUUUUGUAACUUGUUUGGAUAAAAGGACCAAUCAUUUCACUCCUCUUCUUCCUUCCGAUGAGGUUUGACUUCAGCCAGCCUGUGGAGCUGUUUUCUCGUAUCUGGGACUUGUCUCGUGAAGCAGAGUGUCUGAGUCGUGGAUUGGUGACUGAGUAAACCCGCAGCUCUCCAUCCUGCGCGUGCAGGUGUUUGCUUCAAGAACAUCUGCUGCGAGAACCAGACCCCAGAGGAGCCAUUCUUGCCUAGCUGCUGGAAGUUGCUCUUUGUUCUUCCACUUUAACUAUUAUUGUACUUGUUAUAUUUUUACUGGCCUUUGACUUUCAUUUGGUUCUUUGUUGUAAUUAUUGUUUAACUUUUUUCUGAAAUGAAUAAAUAAACUUUAUUAGCUAUUG